AUGUACAGAACCAAAGUGGGCUUGAAGGACCGCCAGCAGCUGUACAAGCUGAUCAUUAGCCAGCUGCUCUACGAUGGCUAUAUUAGCAUUGCUAAUGGCCUCAUCAACGAAAUCAAGCCGCAGUCUGUCUGUGCGCCCUCGGAGCAGCUCCUACAUCUCAUCAAACUAGGAAUGGAAAAUGACGAUACUGCAGUUCAGUAUGCAAUUGGUCGUUCAGAUACAGUGGCCCCUGGCACGGGGAUUGACCUGGAAUUUGAUGCCGACGUCCAAACUAUGUCCCCAGAGGCUUCAGAGUACGAAACAUGCUACGUCACAUCCCACAAAGGCCCCUGCCGCGUAGCCACCUACAGCAGAGACGGGCAGUUAAUAGCCACCGGAUCUGCCGAUGCUUCCAUAAAGAUACUUGACACGGAAAGAAUGUUGGCCAAGAGCGCCAUGCCAAUAGAGGUCAUGAUGAAUGAGACUGCACAACAGAACAUGGAAAACCACCCAGUGAUCCGAACGCUUUAUGACCACGUGGAUGAAGUCACAUGUCUCGCUUUCCACCCAACAGAACAAAUCCUUGCCUCUGGUUCCAGGGAUUAUACUCUGAAGUUAUUUGAUUAUUCCAAACCAUCUGCAAAAAGAGCCUUCAAGUACAUUCAGGAAGCUGAAAUGCUACGCUCUAUCUCUUUUCAUCCUUCCGGAGACUUUAUACUCGUUGGGACUCAGCAUCCUACUCUUCGGCUUUAUGAUAUCAACACGUUUCAGUGUUUUGUCUCUUGCAAUCCUCAAGAUCAACACACCGAUGCUAUAUGCUCCGUUAAUUACAAUCCCAGCGCCAACAUGUAUGUCACUGGUAGCAAGGACGGCUGCAUCAAGCUGUGGGAUGGUGUUUCAAAUCGGUGCAUCACAACCUUUGAGAAGGCACAUGAUGGUGCUGAGGUUUGUUCUGCCAUUUUCUCCAAAAAUUCCAAAUACAUUCUCUCCAGUGGAAAAGACUCCGUAGCUAAACUUUGGGAGAUAUCAACAGGACGGACACUGGUCAGAUACACAGGGGCCGGCCUGAGCGGGCGGCAGGUGCACCGGACGCAGGCCGUGUUCAACCACACCGAGGACUACGUGCUGCUGCCGGACGAGCGGACCAUCAGUCUGUGCUGCUGGGACUCCCGUACCGCCGAGCGUCGGAACCUGCUCUCCCUGGGCCACAACAACAUCGUGCGCUGCAUAGUGCACUCGCCCACCAACCCCGGCUUCAUGACGUGCAGCGACGACUUCCGAGCCCGGUUCUGGUACCGGCGAUCCACCACGGACUAG